UUUAUUUAAUUAAUAUAAUUGCAAUUCAUAAAACUUCCUCAACAAUGUUAUACAUUUUCAAUGUAUAAAACAAUGUUAAAAGCGCUACAAGGGGAAUUAGUAAGAUAAAUUACAUCUAAAGAACAUUACUUUGUAUAAUAUUCAUUUCAUUUAAUUGAGACAAAAAAAAAAAAAAAAAUUUCCACUCUUGAAUCAAAUGAGGUUGUUAUAGCUACUAAUGAUUCAACGCUCCCAUUGGGCAUCCACAGCCACUCGCACUUUCCUCUGCUUAUCGGCGAUCUCUUUUCGAAAAUAACAUGUUUUUCAACCCAAAACGGGCGCAAUCUUCGUCCGCGAACAUUAUUGUUAAUGACGCUUGCAUUGUUUUUCAUAAGGCUAAAAACAAAAAUCGCCAGUUACCAGGGGAUUGUGCAUCAAAUCAAUAAGUAUUGUGCGAUCAAGGGGUCUACAUCAAAAAGGCUUAUCAGUGGGAGACGCUGGUGGCCCCCUGGGUAGCAAAUUGACGUCACACUCCGACAGAAUCUCAUGCCAUCUUUCAAUCUCUGAGUGCAGUAAUCGGAAAUCAAAUUUCGUCAUCCGUCGUGUAGAUGGAAAACAAUCUUUUGAAAAAUAACUCGUGUCGGGAUUUUUUAACGAUAAAUAUUUCCAAAAUAAUUCUUAAAGCCGUUUAAAAUUUAUUAAAGUUUGUUAAACAUGUACAUAGGUAUUUUUUAGUCGUGAGAAAUUUUAAGAAACUAAAAUCACCGUUACAGUUUCGGAAAUACAUAUACAUAUUAGAUUCCAACUAUCAUUGCAGAAAACUUUUGCUGCAACAUGGCUCAAAUCAUUGACGGUAAGGGUAUUGCCCAGGAAAUCCGCACUCAGUUGGGUCAGGAGCUAAAGCAGUUCGUGGCUGCUGGCCAUCCGGUGCCCCAUCUUACAGCUGUGAUUGUGGGCGAGGAUCCGGCUAGCGAGAAGUAUGUGAAUAACAAGAUGCUAGCCUGCCAAGAGGUGGGCAUUUCCAGUGAGACGAAGAGACUGCCUGCAUCCACCACGCAGGAGGAACUGCUUCAGUUGAUCGACGAACUUAACAAGGAUCAACGUGUGACAGGAGUGCUGGUGCAGUUGCCUGUGCCAGAGCACAUCAAUGAACGCACCAUAUGCAAUGCUGUUCAUGUGGACAAGGAUGUGGAUGGAUUUAAUGAGAUCAAUAUCGGACGUUUGGCCCUUGAUAUGGAUGGUAUUAUUCCGGCCACGCCCCUGGGCGUCAAGCGACUUCUCGAGCAUGUCAACAUCGAGACACAUGGACGUAAUGCUGUUGUGGUGGGCCGUUCCAAGAAUGUCAGUCUGCCAAUGGCCAUCCUCUUACACGCGGAUGGAAAGUACGCCACAAAGGCACUUGAUGCUACGGUGACCAUCUGCCAUAGGUAUACGCCGCCCAAGGAAUUGGCCCGCUAUUGCCGGCAAGCCGAUAUCAUUGUGGUUGCUGUGGGCAAACCGGGACUGAUCACCAAGGAUAUGAUUAAACCCGGAGCCUGUGUCAUCGACGUGGGUAUCAAUCGCAUCAAGGACGAGAAGACCGGGAAGUUCAAGCUAGUCGGAGACGUAGACUUCGAAGAGGUGCGCCAGGUCGCCGGUCAUAUUACUCCGGUUCCCGGCGGCGUUGGUCCCAUGACAGUGGCCAUGCUGAUGCACAACACUCUGAAGGCGGCAAAAAAGCAGUUCAGCGAAAGCAAGUCCUCCUGAAGAUCCUCUUGGAUUAGCCAUUGAGGUGCCCAAGCUUCGCUGGACGAGAAAUAGUAUUUUUUUAUUUAAUCCACUAACUAUAUUAGAGAGUAGAGUUACUGACCAGCCGCUAUUAUGACGAUUGUACACAACAAAUAAACUAAUUUCGCAAUAUAUACAGAGAUAAUGGUAUCUAA